AUGUCCUAUGACUGGAACAACCACCUGAGGGUCACCGUCCCUAAUGACUUCUCCGACAGCCUGUGCGGCCUGUGUGGCAACUAUAAUGGGGACCCCUCCGAUGACUUCCGGACCUCAGAAGGGGACCUGGCUCCCAGUGUCGCCGUCCUGGGGAAAAGCUGGGCAGUGGAAGAUGAGGAUCAGUUUUGCUGGCACGAUUGCAUUGGAGGUUGCAGGCCCUGUGCCGCCAGCAUAGCCAGAAAGUACAAGGAAGAGGCCUCGUGCGGCCUGAUAGCCAAGGUCUCAGAUGGGCCCUUCAGCCAGUGCCACACCAAGGUGGAUCCUACAGUCUACUUGGACAACUGCGUGUAUGAUCUGUGCCACAACGACGGCUACAGGAAGGCCCUGUGUGAGGCCCUGAAGGCCUAUGCGGACGCCUGCCAGCUGGAGGGGGUCAGGAUUGGGGAAUGGAGGCAGCUGGCCAGAUGCCCCAUGGAGUGCCCGCUGGAGAACAGCCAGUACCAGCUCUGUGGAACAGCCUGCCCAGCCACGUGUGUGGACCAGUCAGCCCCUAGCAGCUGCCAAGACCCCUGUGUGGAAAGCUGCCAGUGCAAGGACGGUUUUGUGCUGAGCCAGGGCAAAUGCAUCCCCAAGAGCAGCUGUGGGUGCCAGUUUGAAGGGCGCCCCUAUGCCCCCAAUGUGAGUUUCUGGGUCGAUGAGGUAUGUGGGAUACGGUGCAUGUGCAAUGCAGCCACUAGACAAGUCGAAUGCGUGGCCUCUACGUGCAAACACUCAGAGAGGUGCGGGCUAGUGAACGGCGUACGGGGCUGUUACCCCUCCAGCUACGCCACCUGCUCUGUGACAAGGAAUCUGCACUACACCACCUUUGAUGGACAGAGAUACGACUUCCAAGGCACCUGCCGCUACCAGCUCACGGCCCUGUGCAAGAAGGCGGAGGGACUAGUGGACUUUGGAGUCUACUUCCAGGAGAACAAUACCGCUCCUCUACAGAUCAAGGUUUAUCAGACCAACCUCAGGCUCAGCAAUCAAUUCCCUGGGAAAGUCCUGAUGAAUGGUUUCCUGAUUAACCUUCCCUUCAACCUCAAUGAUAAGAAAACCACUGUGUAUAGAAAGGGCUGGGCCACAGUGAUCCAGACAGACUUUGGUCUCACCGUUACCUAUGCUGGGUGGUCAGGACGCAUCACGGUCACUCUGCCAGUCACCUACACGGGAGCCGUGUGUGGUCUGUGUGGCAACUUCAACAGGGACAGGGAGGAGAACUUGCUCAUGAGGGAUGGCACGCUGGCACCAAGCCCAGUCAGCUUUGGCCAGAGCUGGAAGGUGGGCGACCUCCGGGGAUGCUCUGCAGUAACGAUACCCCCAUGCGCAAGUGUAGAGGCUAUUGAAAAACAACAACGAGGUAGCAGAGGACAGUGUGGGAUCAUCCUAGACAAGAGUGGCCCCUUCAGAGGAUGUCACAGCAAAGUGGACCCCCAUGGAUUCUUCAUAGACUGCGUGUACGGCUAUUGCAUCCUCAGUGGGCAGGAGAGUAACGUCUGCCAGGCCGUUGCUGGCUAUUCCGAGGCAUGUCAGGAAGCUGGAGCUGUGGUGCAUCCCUGGAGGACGACAAAGUUCUGCUCUCCAUCCUGUCCCCCAAACAGUCACUACGAAUUCUGCAGCAGCAGCUGCGAUCUGACAUGCAGCAACCUCUAUGCCCCGGUGCAAUGCACGACCCAGUGUAAGGAAGGCUGCGUGUGUGACGAGGGCUUUGUUCUCAGUGGUGACCACUGCGUCCCCUUUUCCCAGUGCGGAUGCCUCCACUGGGGACUUUACUACCAUGCCGGGGAGACCUUCCACCCGAGCGGUUCAUGCGAGGAGCAGUGCGUGUGUCUGGCUGGUGGGGAGGUUGUGUGUAAGGCAUUCUCCUGCGGCACUGGUGAGCAAUGCAGGGUGGUGGACGGAGUCCAGAAAUGCCACCCAUUUGGAUCUGCAACCUGUUCUGCCUCUGGCCAUUCCCACUACCUCUCUUUCGAUGGGGUCCCCUUUGACUUUCAAGGCACCUGCACCUACAUCCUGGCCAAGACCUGCGCCGAUGCCAGUCACCUUACACCAUUCACUAUCAGUGUAGAGAAAGAAGACUGGGGCAGCGGGAACAUCUCCAUGGCCAAGCUGGUAUCCAUCCAGGUGUAUGGGAUCACACUCACCCUGCUGCAGAACAAACAGGGGCUCAUCAUGGUGGACGGGGUAUCCCACGAUCUCCCCGUGAUAAUGGUCAAUGGGCAGCUCCGAGCAUAUCAACACGGCACUAAUGUCCUGGUGCAAACUGACUUUGGCCUCAGUGUGAGCUACGACUUGGUUUACCAGGCCAGAGUCACCAUCCCAGGGACCUACCAGGGCCAGACGUGUGGCCUGUGCGGGAACUACAAUGGACAGCAGGACGAGGAGUUCCUGCUCCCCAGUGGUAGGACAGUCCCUGAUGUGGCAGCAUUUGGCUCUGCUUGGGAAGUCGAGAUCCCAGGAGCAUCCUGUACAGACAGAUGUCCUGGAAACAGCUGUCCAGUUUGCGAAGAGAAGAAGAAGGAGGUCUUCAAAGGGCGCAACUACUGUGAGCUGCUCACAGACCCCAACGGCCCCUUCGCGGCCUGCCACAGCGUGGUCAGCCCCAGCGUGUAUCAGAGCAACUGUCUGUACGAUGUGUGCCUGGGAAACGGGGAUGCACAGGUCCUGUGCCAGAGCAUCCACAGCUACGUGACGGCCUGCCAAGAGGCUAAGGUGUUCAUCCAGCCCUGGAGGAGCGCCUCCUUCUGCGCUGUGAGCUGCCCGGUUAACAGCCACUACAAGGUCUGCGCUGACCUCUGUACCACCACCUGCUCUGGAGACAUCCUAGACUGCCCAGAGACCUGUGCUGAAGGCUGCCAGUGUGACGAGGGCUUCCUCUUCGAUGGCCAGGGCUGUGUGACUCUGCAGAGCUGUGGGUGCUUCGAGCAUGGGAGAUAUUACAAGCCCAGUGAGACAGUCCUGAGAAAUGAGUGCCAGCAAAACUGCACUUGCGUUCCUGCCCGAGGGGUGACUUGCAAAGCUCACAGCUGCACCAGUGGAGAAAAAUGCCAGAUCAGAGACGGCGUCAUGGACUGCAUCAGCCAAGAUAUUCCAAAGCCAUCGUGCAGUGUGGUCCGCUGUAGGGAAGGAACUAUUUGCAAGAUGAUAAAUGAGCAGCCAAAGUGUGUGCCAGUCUCUCGGGGCACGUGCAGGGCCGGGGGAUACUUUCAUUACCACACCUUCGAUGGAUGGGCGUAUGAUUUCCAUGGCAACUGCACCUACACGGUGGCCAAGACCUGCAGGGAUGCUUCCGGCCUGCCCUCCUUCCAUGUCAUGGUCAAGAGUGAGAACAGUGGGAACACACAGGUUUUCUACGUUGGGUCGGUGACUGUCCAGGUGGAUGGAGUCACCGUCACAGCAGCCAGGGCUGAAGCCGGCUUUGUGUGGGUGAGUGCUGGGUGCGCACGUCCACCCUACUCCUAUAUCCACCCUGUAGGCUUUGCUAAAUAG